GAAGGUUGGUUCUAUAUCGGAGGGGCUGAAGGGACCUUGUGACGUUUUGAGGGGAGGAGAGCCGAUGAGACCCCAGGCUCCCCCCUCCCUGCCGCAUCUCUCCUGUAGCCGCCGUCACUCCUGAAGUAAACGACAGUGGCGCAGAACACUACUUCCGGUCUAUGCGUUCCACAGGCCGGAAGUGGUGUCUGCGGCUAUUUCCGGGUGUCUCUCGAGCCGUGCAACGGAGGAAGACAUCGUAGUGUUGGGCAACAGCAGGAUUAGUGAAGAAGACAUCAGGUGAGUGUGAAACACCCAGCGGCCGUCCCCAUGUGUCAGGAAGACUGAGCAGGACGCAGAGCCCUAUCACGGUGCCUUCACCUCACUCACUGAUACAUGAGAGACACAAUGACCAGAAGAUCCUGGAGCUCACCAAAAAGUUAAUUCACCUGCUGACUGGAGAGGAGAGGGAGUAUAUAGAGGAAAACAGGGGUCUGUACAAGGACGUGAUGAUGGAGAAUCACCGGCCCCUCACAUCACUGGAUGGGCCCAGUAACAGAGAUACCCCAGAGAGAUGUCCCCGUCCUCUGUAUUCCCAGGAUUGUACAGAGGAGGAUUGGGGUAAAUACUUUUGUUACGAUAAGAUAGAAUAUAUUAGUGGAGAAAAAGAAACUUAUGCGACCGAUCUGAAGAUAGAAGAGACACAUAUGAAUGAUAAUACAGAUGAUAUCGAGGGAGAAAAAAAGACAUAUGUGAGGGGUGAUCAGCAGUGUAAGAAGAAGGAAAUCUCUACAGCUAUCCGCACAGCAGGUGGAUGUACCCGCUGGAAUGUCUCAGAGGAACAUCUCCUUUUAUUUCCAGAUGGUAAAAUAAAAGAUGUUGACUUCGCCCGAGAUUCUCCAAAAGAAACCCCUCUUACCCCAGUUAUACAUAACUCUGAUAUUGGUUCGACUGUUGCAAUGUUUCCCUCUACGAUAGAUGGCAAAUGUUUUACACAGCCAGAUAAGCGCCCAUUUCCAUGUCCUGAGUGUGGGAAAUGUUUUAGCUAUAAAUCAAACUUACUUAUACAUCAGAGAACACACACAGGUGAAAAACCAUUCCCCUGUUCUGAGUGUGGGAAAUGUUUUGCAUAUAAAUCAGUUCUUGCUGCACAUGGGAGAAGUCACACAGGGGAGAAACCAUUUCCAUGUACUGAGUGUGGGAAAUCUUUUGCACAAAAAUCACAUUUAAUUAUACAUCAGAGACUUCACACAGGCGAGACACCAUAUUCAUGUCCUCAGUGUGGGAAAGGUUUUACACACAAAACACAUCUUGUUAAUCAUGAGAGAGGUCACACGGGUGAUGCAACAUUUUCUUGUUCUGAGUGUGGGAAAUGUUUUCCACAGAAAUCGGCACUUGUUGUACAUCAGAGAAGUCACACAGGGGAGAAACCAUUUCCAUGUUCUGAGUGUGGGAAAUGUUUUGCACAAAAAAUAGAUCUUGUCAGACAUCAGAGAAUUCAUACAGGGGAGAAACCAUUUUCUUGCUUUAAGUGUGGGAAAUGGUUUACAAACAAAGCACAUCUUGCUAAACAUCAGAGAAUUCACACAGGUGAGAGGCCAUUUUCAUGCUCUGAGUGUGGGAAAUGUUUUACCCAGAAAUCAUCUGUUAUUGUACAUGAGAGGUUACACAGGUGAGAAGCCAUUUCCUUGUGCUGAGUGUGGGAAUUGUUUUACAAAGAAAUUAUAUCUUGUUACACAUCAGAGAUAUCACACAGGUGAGAAGCCAGUCCUUUGUACUGAGUGUCAGAAAUGUUUUACACAGAAAUUAGCCAUAGUUAUAGAACAGAUUGCUCACACAAAUAAAAGGCAGUUUCCAUGUUCUGAGUGUGGGGACUUAUUACACAAUAGAGAAGUAACACGGGUGCUCCAGUCCUUGUAUGUCAGAAAUGUAUUUUAAACAAAUGCUCGUUACCUACAGGAGACAUCAAACAGAUGCGAAACCAUUUCCACACUGUGAGAGUGGGAAAUGUGUUACGCAGAAUUCCAAUAUUGUUCACCAUCAAAGAAAACUCAUUAAUAAGAAACCAUUUUUUCUCUGACGUCCUAGUGGAUGCUGGGAACUCUGAAAGGACCA